AUGUCGGAUCACGCCGGCCCCAGCGGCAGCACCGCCGAGCCUUCCACAAGCGUGGGCACCGAGUCUGCACCAACGUCGACUGCGUCGGCUGGAGGGUAUCGGCCGCAGGAACGGUUCAGCUUUCCGGCAGCUGCUCAGCCGGAGAUCGUAAGAGCGUAUCAGAAGGACACGUACUACAAGGACCUCUUCACGUCGCAGGUGUCGGACGUGGUGCGGUCGCUGUUCGGCACACGCGUGCAGCACGCACAUACCUCGGCGAUCUCGCUUGUGGGCGCACUCGGCUACUACGUCCUCUCGACCUCCUCGAUCCCAGGUACCGGCGACGGACGUGGUGGUCAGACGCUCGGAGAAGAGUAUGUCAACAGCAUCCCGUCCGACGCGCGUACGGGCCGCAUCAUCACGCGCGCCAAACGUCUCUCCUGGAUCCUCCUACACGUCCUUGGCCCCUACGCGCUCACCAAACUCUACGCUGCACUAAGACGCUAUGCACUACGAGCCAAGGCGGAUCUGGAUGCACAAGAGGCAAGAGCAAGGGCAAGAGCAAAGGCACUCGACCAACACUAUACCCCGAAAGUGGGGUUGCAUCGAAGACUCGUCAACUGGCUGGCGCGCGUGCUGCCAGCACUCGAGACGCUUCAAUCGCAGGAUGGCUGGUUGGCAUAUCUAUCCGCUGCGCAUCUUAUGCUCUUCUACCUAGGCGGCAAGUUCUACAGUGCUGCACAGAGGUUGACUGGCGUAACGUACAUUUCGACGAUCCCAAAACGACCUGGGUACCAGCCACCGUCGUACGAAGUGCUCGGCGUCCUAUUGGGUAUCCAACUCUUCGUUAAGCUUAUGCUUGAAGUCCGAUCGUAUCGUCGAUCCAAGCGACAAGCGGUGGAUGAUGGGGAGGAGAAGAGUUCGGGCGUUGAUCCGGCGACGACGGUGGAGAUUGACACGGCCGUGUUUUCGCAUGCCUCGCAACCGGCCAAGCGCGUUACGCAGCAAGACAACGCCGAGUCCAUCGACCUCCUCUAUGCACAUCUGCCAGACGAUGAGGAAGAGACGGAUCAAGAUGCGGUGGCUAGAAUCAACACCUCGGCUGCCCAAGCAAACGCUUCCAGCACACUGCAGUGCACACUGUGUAUGGACACGCGUGCACCACACCGCGCCACCUCGGCAGUCACAGAGUGCGGUCACUGCUUCGACUGGGCCUGCAUCGUCGCCUGGAUCGCCGAAAAAGUAAGCCCCCACCCUCCCCGACCUUCGCCAAAGCAACUUCAGUUACUGACCAACGCCUCCUCUUGA